UCGGUGCUUGGAGAACGCUGCUUCCGGGAGGUGGGGUCUGUAUGUGACAGCAGAAGAGUAAGCAGAGGCUGUGGGGGCUUACAGUAUACUCCACCGAGGGUUUUCAGCCGCUAUUACCUUACAAACAUGGAGCUCGCCCACAGUUUGUUACUGAAAGAAGAUGCUCUGGCUCAGGUUACAGAGGCCAAAAAGUCAGUCUUUAUAUUUGAAUGGCUGCGGUUUCUGGACAAAGUGCUUAUAGCUGCUAACAAGACUGACAUCAAGGAAAACCAGAAAAAACUGGUGGAGCAGCUGACUGGGCUCAUAAGUAGUUCCCCUGGGCCGCCUACACGCAAACUACUAGCCAAGAAUCUUGCCACUCUCUACAGUAUUGGAGACACUUUCACUGUGUUUCAAACUCUUGACAAGUGCAAUGAAAUGAUAAAGAGCAAAGAUGACACUGCUGCCUAUCUUCCAACCAAACUGGCUGCUGUCGCGUGUGUCGGAGCAUUUUAUGAGAAGAUGGGUAGGAUGUUGGGGAGCUCCUUUCAUGAAACUGUGAACAAUCUCUUGAAGUCACUGAAAAGUGCAGAGUCACAGGGUCGAAGUGAAAUUCUUUUGAGUCUGCAGAAGGUUCUUAGUGGUCUUGGAGGGGCUGCGGCUUCCAGUCACAGAGACAUUUACAAAAAUACACGAUCCCUUUUGACAGACAGAUCCAUGGCCGUCAGAUGUGCAGUGGCUAAGUGCUUGCUGGAGCUUCAGAGCGAGGCGGUUUUUAUGUGGACAGCGGAGCUGGAGAAUGUAGCCACACUGUGUUUCAAGGCAUUGGAAGGGUCUAACUAUGGGGUCAGGGUCGCAGUGUCAAAACUCCUGGGAACUGUUAUGGCUACUGCCUUAAUGCCGAAACAGGCAGCAGUGAUGCGCCAGAAUGUGAAGAAAGCCACACUAGAGGAAGUGCUGGAGCUGAUGGCAACAGGAUUUCUACGCGGAGGUUCUGGAUUCCUGAAAAGCGGAGGAGAAAUGUUGAAAGGUGGAGGAUCCAUUAGUCGAGAAGUCAGAGUGGGUGUGACGCAGGCAUAUGUGGUCUUUGUCACAGCAUUAGGAGGGCAAUGGCUGGAGCGCAAUUUUGCCACCUUUCUGUCCCAUGUACUUGACCUUGUGUCACAUCCUCGUGCUACACAGACUCAUGUGGAGGCAGUCUACUCCAGAAGAUGUGUGUCCUUUAUUCUGAGAGCUACAGUUGGUAGUUUGCUAGGGGAAAAGGCUCAAAAUGCUGCAGCUAAAGAAAUAUGCCAGGCUAUCGGCAAACAAAUGAAAUCUGUCGAGGCUGUUGUAAAUGAUGCCAACAAUGAGAAUAAAGUUGGUACUGCAGAUGUGUCUGCCAGUCAGCAUGUAAUGGUAUGUGCUCUGCAGGAGCUGGGAAGUCUUGUUCAGAGUCUGAACUCUACCGCAUCUCCUCUUAUACAGGAGCCUUCCAUAGGGCUUCUGGAUACUGUCACCUCUGUUCUUCUUCACCCCAGCAUGGCGGCAAGGCUAGCAGCAGCAUGGUGUUUACGUUGUGUUGCUGUGGCCCUACCCUUUCAGCUCACUCCACUCUUGGACAGGUGUGCAGAGAGACUUAAUAACCUUAAAAAUUCACCAGAGGCUGUCAGUGGGUACAGUUUUGCAAUGGCUGCUCUUCUUGGAGGUGUACAUCAGUGCCCCUUGGGCAUUCCUCAUUCCAAAGGAAAGAUGAUAGUCAGUAUUGCAGAGGACCUGCUCCGCACAGCAUCACAGAACAGCAGACUCUCUUUGCAGCGCACACAGGCCGGUUGGUUGCUUCUUGGUGCUCUGAUGACCUUGGGUCCCUCAGUUGUGCGGUACCAUCUUCCUAAAAUGCUUCUACUGUGGAGAAAUGUCUUCCCUCGUUCUUUGAAGGAGUUGGAAGCUGAGAAAGCUCGGGGAGACUCUUUUACUUGGCAAGUAACCUUGGAAGGCCGUGCUGGAGCACUUUGUGCCAUGCGUAGUUUUGUUGCUCAUUGCCCUGAGUUGCUGACGGAGGAUGUGAUCAGGAAGCUAAUGACUCCUAUUGAGUGUGCUAUGACCAUGAUGUCUCACAUCCUGUCAGUGAUUAAAGCUCAUGGUGCACAUCUAAAGGCAAGUGCUGCAAUGGUCCGCCUCAGACUGUAUGACAUUUUGGCUUUGUUACCUCCAAAGACAUAUGAAGGAAAUUUCAAUGUGCUUUUACGUGAACUGGUGGCUGAAUUCACUUUAACCGACAACUCUUCUAACACUACUACAUCUUUACUGCGCUCCCUGUGUCACUAUGAUGACAGUGUUUUGCUGGGCUCUUGGCUGCAAGAGACGGACCACAAAUCCAUUGAAGACCAGCUUCAACCUAACAGCGCCUCUGGAAGUGGAGCUCUAGAGCAUGACCCUUCAUCUAUCUACUUACGUAUACCAGCUGGUGAGGCUGUGCCAGGACCCCUGCCUCUUGGUGUCUCCGUCAUUGAUGCCUCAGUGGCACUCUUUGGUGUUGUUUUCCCUCAUGUGUCAUUCAAACACAGAUUACAGAUGCUGGAUCAUUUUGCGGAGUGUGUGAAGCAGGCUAAGGGAGUCCGCCAGCAGUCUGUGCAGCUCAACAUCUUUACAGCUGUGCUAAGUGCUCUUAAGGGCUUGGCAGAAAACAAAAGCUCGCUGGGGCCAGAGGAGGUACGAAAAUCUGCUUUGACUUUGGUUAUGGGUGCCCUGGAUAAUCCUAACCCUAUCUUAAGAUGUGCAGCAGGAGAGGCCUUAGGCAGGAUGGCUCAAGUGGUUGGAGAAGCAACAUUUAUUGCCAGAAUGGCACAACACAGUUUUGACAAGCUUAAGUCAGCUCGGGAUGUCGUGUCCAGAACAGGCCACUCACUUGCACUUGGCUGCUUGCACCGUUAUGUUGGAGGAAUUGGGUCAGGGCAGCACCUGAAGACCAGUGUCAGCAUUCUCUUGGCACUUGCACAGGAUGGCACGUCACCAGAAGUUCAGACUUGGGCUCUCCAUUCACUUGCACUUAUUGUGGAUUCAAGUGGCCCAAUGUAUCGGGGUUAUGUGGAGCCAACACUUUCUUUAGUGCUUACAUUGCUGCUGACUGUUCCUCCUUCACAUACUGAAGUGCAUCAGUGUCUGGGUCGAUGUUUGGGCGCCAUCAUAACAACUGUGGGUCCAGAGCUGCAGGGCAAUGGGCCAACUAUAUCAACCAUCCGUUCCUCAUGUCUUGUGGGCUGUGCAAUCAUGCAAGAUCACUCCGACUCACUAGUCCAGGCUGCUGCCAUCUCCUGCCUUCAGCAACUUCACAUGUUUGCCCCUCGCCAUGUCAACCUAUCAAGUCUGGUCCCUUGUCUCUGUGUCCAUUUGGGCAGUUCCCAUCUGCUACUGAGACGUGCAGCUGUAGCUUGCCUCAGGCAGCUGGCCCAGAGAGAGGCGGCAGAAGUAUGUGAAUAUGCAAUGAGCCUUGCUAAGAAUGCAGGAGACAAGGAAAGCAGUGGUAUAAAUAUAAACAUAACAGAUACAGGUUUGGAGGGAGUAUUGUUUGGAAUGCUGGACCGGGAAACAGACCGCAAACUGUGCUCAGACAUUCAUGAUACAUUGGGUCACAUGCUGUCUUCUUUGGCAGUGGACAAAUUGUCUCAUUGGUUGCAGUUAUGCAAAGAUGUGUUGGCAGCCACUAGUGAUGUGGGCACAGCAAGUCUGGUAGCUGGUGUAAGGGAUGAAGAGACUGAAAAGAAGGAUGAAAUGGAUGACGACACUAUGUUCACCACACUGGGAGAAGAUGAUAAAUCCAAACCAUUUGUGGCUCCUCGCUGGGCCACACGUGUAUUUGCAGCAGACUGUCUUUGCCGAAUCAUCAUGCUUUGUGAAAAUGCUAACAAACCACAUUUCGAUUUAGCUGCCGCUCGCACCUUAAAAAUUAAAGAUCCCAAAGGUGACUUUUUGGUGUUACAUCUUUCUGACCUUAUUCGGAUGGCUUUCAUGGCUGCCACAGAUCACAGUAAUCAGCUGAGAAUGGCGGGUCUACAAGCCCUGGAGGAUAUCAUUAAGAAGUUUGCUGCUGUUCCAGAGCCUGAGUUUCCAGGACAUGUAAUCUUGGAACAGUAUCAGGCCAAUGUGGGAGCUGCUUUACGACCUGCUUUUUCACAAGACACUCCCUCAGACAUUGUUGCAAAAUCCUGCCAGGUGUGCAGUGCCUGGAUAGGGAGCAAAGUAGUCAGUGACCUGAAUGAUCUCCGCAGAGUGCACAAUCUUUUAGUUUCCUCGCUGGAUAAAGCACAAGCUGGAAAAGGGUCAUCCAGUCAGCUGUAUCGUGAGAGCGCCAUAACUAUGGAAAAAUUAGCUGUAUUAAAAGCUUGGGCAGAGGUCUAUGUUGUGGCUAUGACUAUUAAAAAUGAAGCAGAAGGUAAACCCAGCAAAUCUAUGAAGACAAAUGAUGAUGAAGAUGACUAUUAUGGUACCACAGAUGAGCUUCCUCCAGACAGCCUUAUAUCAUUGGUUGAAUCAGCUCUGCCAACGCUUAGCCGGUUGUGGUUGGCAGUGUUGAAAGACUAUGCUCUCCUCACCUUGCCACCGGAGUUUGCCAGCCAACUUCCACCUGAUGGUGGAGCAUUUUACACCCCUGAAACAAUUGAUACAGCAAGAAUACAUUACCGCAAUUCCUGGGCACCUAUACUACAUGCUCUUGCGCUUUGGCUCAACUCCACAGGCUUUAAUAAUUCAGAGAUUGCGGACGAGGCAACCAUGACUGGAUCUCAGAAACGCAACCCUGCUAUAGCAAUGAACCAGCCGCCGGGAACACCACCCAGCCCUAAGUCACUUAUGGAGCUUAACAAAGAUAGAAUGCAUCUAAUUUUAGGUAUCAGUAUUCAGUUUUUCUGUGCACCUCGCCCCGAGGAACCAGUUGAACAUGUCACGGCGUGUCUUCAGGCUCUGCAUAUUCUUUUGGAAUCCUCUUUUGCCAGAAGUCACAUAGCAGAAGACCAGGUGAUUGGAGUGGAACUUCUAAAUGUCCUACAUCGCUUACUACUGACCUGUAAUCCAACAUCUGUUCAGUUGCUUGUCACUACUGUGGUGCAGCAGAUUGUUCGAGCAGCACAUGACAAGUUACAGGAACAAAGAAAUGCGCAGAACAAAGAUGACACAAGUGAAAAGGAGACGCAGAUAAUUUUGGGUGAAGGUGAAGAAAGUGGCGGAUUGAUCCCAGGAAAGUCUCUUGUCUUUGCUGCUAUGGAGCUGUUAAUGUUCAUCCUGGUACGGCACAUGCCGCAGCUCAGUUCAAAGGUGUCGGACUCUCCAAGUCAUGUUAUCAGCAAACAGCAGCAGCUUUCGGAAGAGAGCGCACGUCUUGUGGCAUCUACAGUGGCCAUUCUAGCGGAUCUCCCUACUUUAUGCUCACCAGCAGGCUGUAUGACAAUAUUGCCUACCAUACUUUACUUGGUCACUAAAGUCUUAAAGGAGACUGCUAUAAAAUCUUCAGAUAAUCAGAUGCCGUUGCCGGUUAGUGCUUGCUUACAAUCAAUAAAAACCAUUGUCACUUCAUCACUGGCAAAGACAGAAAAAACUCAGAGAAAGUGGACUGAUCUGAUUCGUAGCACCUUAGCAUCUGUGCUGGAGUAUCCACAGACCGGUGACUCCAAACAUAUAGUGGAUGAAGUCAGCUUACUGACAGCUGUUGUGCUUUUCCUGUUAUCUGCGAGUACAGAGAUUAUUGGUGUGCAGUCAUUACAGACUGGGUGCAUAAACAAGUUUAAAGCUGCCAUUACAUCCAGUGACCCUUGGGUUCAAGCUAAAGGUUAUCAGCUCCUGUUGUCAGUUUUCCAACAUUCUAAUCAGGCUAUUUCUACUCCGUACAUUCAUGCACUGGCGCCCAUCUUGGUUGAGAAUCUCAAAGCUGUUGAAAAGAAGAGACCAACCAACAGUUCUGAGCUGCUGGCAGUUCAGGAAGGCAUAAAAGCUCUUGAAAGAUUAGUUGCUUUGGGAGAAGAGAAAAACCGAGUCCAGCUGCUUGCUCUCCUUGUUCCUACAUUAAUUUCUUACUUACUUGAUGUCAACGCAUUUAGCUCGGCAUCACCCUCCUCAAAGGAUCUCCACGAGUUUGCUCUUCAGGACUUGAUGCGUAUUGGACCUCUUUAUCCACAUGCUUUUAAAACUGUAAUGGGAGCCGCUCCAGAACUAAAGGCCCGGCUAGAAACCGCUAUCCGAGCAAACCAAGCAAGCAAAGCUAAAGCGGCCUCCCGACAGCCUGCUCCUGCCAUACAGAGCGCUCCUACCAUCAAACUGAAGACUAGCUUCUUCUAGUCCAGCUCCCUUUGUGAAUAGGAGAAUAGCAUUCAGUUCUGGACAAAAAAUAUGGACUUGCUUAAAGACAGCUUGGCUCAUUCCAUGCAAAUACACCAGGGAGUCUUUCUGGCAUUAAAAAUAGUUAAAUAGUGUAAUUUUCCUGCCUUUUAGAUGGAAACAAAUUGGGUAGUAAAACUAAGAUGUUCACUAUUAACCUAUGACUUGUUUUAUCUAGGACUGCCCCCCUCCCCCCCCUUUUUUUUUUGAAAUGUAAAAAUAUUCAUAAUCUCUUAAAAUGAAUGGACAGUUUUUAUGCCGCUUUAUGAUGCAGUGUAAAAUUGUUUCAACUUAUUUUAUUUUAAUGAAAAAUCUAAUCUAAAAGUGGGUGGCAUCAAUGACAGGCUUCCCUAGUAAGGCAUUCUGAGGGGCCUCCCUGUUAGGGUUAAAAGGAUUGUGGAUAUGCUUUUUUUCAUAUGGAUCCACAUAUCAGAUUUUAAGUAUUGUGGUGCUACGUGGAGCAAAGUAGUUCUGCUAUUUCCAUAACUCCCAUAGAUUAGACUAAAGGCACUAGCAGACCUUUACAUCCAUCUUUCUAUUGAAUCUCUGUCUGGAUGCAGUAACUAGUGGUCUGCUCACAUCCCUUUUAGAGAGGUGGCAUUCACAGAGUAUGAAUUGCCAUCUAGUAGAGAUUUCUGGCAUAUCCUGUGGUUAUGCCAUAAAUGUAUUUUAAAGAGAUAAUCCUGCUUUACUCAUGUUGACAUUUGUCAGAAGAUAAGAUUGUUGUAAGAGCUUAAAGGGAAUCUGUCUACUGUUUGCUGCUAAUAGCUGCUUUGUUGGGUACAAAACCAAACUUGUACCUGGAGCUGAUGUUGGUUGCCUAACUUAUGAAAUUAGCAUUUUAUUUUUUAGUGUCAGAGAGGUGGGACAGAGAUGCUCAAGUGCCAACUUUGGCAUGCUUCCUUGCUCGCCCUCAUCUCCCAGCUCCUCCUUGACUGAUCUACAGGGCUGUACAAGGAGGGACUAGGAGGUCAGGGCAAGCAAAGGGGCAUUCCACAGUGUAGCACUUAAACACCUCAGCACUGCCCUCUGGACACUUGGCAACCAACAUCAGCUCCAGGACAGGUACGGUUUGCUUUUAUAGCCUAACAGCUAUACAAUGGUGUCUACAGCUCAUAGGAGCUAAUACAGCUGACAUAUCUUCUUUAAAGUGGUACUCCGCUGCUCAGCGUUUAGAACAAACUGUUCUGAACGCUGGAGGCGGCGCCAGGGAGCUUGUGAUGUUAUAGCCCCG